AUUAUGGCCAUCUUGUUCUCAGGAAUUGUGAUGUCUCAUUACACACACCACAAUUUGUCACCGGUUACUCAGAUUCUUAUGCAACAGACACUAAGAACAGUGGCCUUCCUGUGUGAAACCUGCGUCUUUGCUUUCCUUGGCCUGUCAAUAUUCAGUUUCCCACACAAGUUUGAAAUUUCUUUUGUGAUUUGGUGUAUUGUGCUGGUCCUGCUGGGACGUGCUGUUAAUAUUUUCCCCUUGACCUAUCUUCUCAAUUUCUUUCGGGACCACAAAAUCACCCCGAAGAUGAUGUUCAUCAUGUGGUUCAGUGGUUUACGAGGAGCUAUUCCAUACGCACUGAGCCUUCACUUGGAGCUGGAGCCGAUGGAGAAGCGUCAGUUGAUUGGCACUACUACCAUUAUCAUUGUGCUCUUCACCAUCUUGCUGAUGGGUGGAGGCACCAUGCCUCUCAUCCGACUCAUAGACAUUGAGGAAUCAAAAGCUCGGAAAAAAAGCAAGAAAGAUGUCAUUCUGAGCAAAACUGAAAAAAUGGUGUGUACUG